GUCAAGGUAUCUAUCUUAUCCUCCUCUGCUUCCAUGUUAAAAAAGAGAUAUUCCUGCGUUCGUUCUCAAUCUACUCUCCAAUAAUAUAUAUAUAUAUGCACGCAGAGAGAGAGAGAGGCAGGGAGGGAGAGUCACCAGAGAAGAGACUAGAAAAAAGUAGUUCGUUCUUUACCCUUCUUUCAACUAACCACUUUAAUGGCUGAAAACCUAAGAAUCAUCGUUGAGACGAACCCCUCACAGUCACGACUCAGUGAACUUAACUUCAAGUGCUGGCCCAAAUGGGGUUGCUCUCCAGGGAGGUAUCAGCUAAAGUUUGAUGCAGAAGAGACGUGCUAUUUGGUGAAAGGGAAGGUGAAAGUUUACCCAAAAGGGUCGUCGGAGUUUGUGGAGUUUGGUGCGGGGGAUCUUGUGACCAUACCCAGGGGACUCAGUUGCACCUGGGAUGUGUCUGUUGCUGUUGAUAAAUACUAUAAAUUCGAGUCAUCUUCGUCCCCGCCACCUUCUUCUUCAUCGCAGUCAAGCUAGCAGUGUCCCAAAUGUUAUCUCUUCUUCCUCUGCAUGAUCAAUCAAUUUAUUCUUUUGAAUUUGGUUA